AUGAUCUCCACGGAGACGAGCAAAUGCGGCCUCACAGGCCAGAUGCCUGCAUCCACCAAGCCACACCUUUUCGUCUUCGGCGGACACAGCGGCAAGGGUAUGCUGAUGGCGACAGAGAUUGCCGUGAGCGAUAGGACUUGUGCGAUCACAACCAUAUCGAAGCGUGGCAAACCUACAGCACCCGGUCCUGCAUCUGCCUUUGCGCAGGCGAUGGCUGCCUCUUCGGUGCAUUACAUGGCUGCCUGUGACGAAAAGGACGUAAAGGCAGUUGAGUGCCUCAUGGACUGGAUGCCACCUUCUCGUCAGCCUCUGCCGGAAGCGCGCUUCGACGUGAACGAGGUAAUGGAAGCUGUCAAGAAGGAGAUCGAGGGCAUGAACGAGCUGCAGCUCACCAGAGCGCUGGAGACCCUCCAAGGGCUGAAGAACGCAUCCCAGAAGAACCAAAGGCAGAUCAAAGCUCGCCUAGAGCACAAAGACAACUGCAGCCCCGAGGAGAAGACGCGCCUGCAGGACAUGCGCUUGGAUUUGCAAGAAAAAGAAGCUGCAUUCCUGGAGCUCAUUGCGGACCUGCAGCAAAAGAAAGGUGAGGAACAGAAGGCACUGCCAAACAGUUCCGAACAGGCCCAGUCCGGUCUGCCCUAA